CAUUGCGCGCUUAUAAAAAAAUUACCAUGGCAAUGUGUAUGUGCUUCCUCCUCUGUCUUUUUAAAUUGAGAAGUGAAACCACUCAAGUUACUUCCUCUCCCUUCCUCUACGAAGCCAAAAUGGCGAUAGGGUCCAUUGGUGCACACGAACCAUUUGGGGGAAAAUCCGGGCACUUCAUUUUGCCGUACUCGCAGCGGGAAGAGAAACAACUGGAAUCUUCGUUGGAGUCGCUCAUCACGCAAGUGGCGCAUGUGAAAAACGCGCUUCACUCGUUCAUCUUCAAGCUGGAGUACGAGCGACUGACAUGGCCGUCGGUUCUGGACAACUUUGCUCUCCUAUCAGGGCAGCUGAAUACCAUCAAUAAACUUCUUAAGAACGAGAAGACACCGUCGUUUCGCAACCAGGUCAUCAUCCCACUGCUGCUGUCUCAGGAUCGUGAUGACGAUUUAGCAAAACUAACUGAGCAGCGCGUCCCCGUCUUCAGCCACGAGAUUGUUCCGGACUACCUGCGUACAAAACCCGACCCCGAGGUGGAGGAGCAAGAGAAGCAGCUGAGCGUGGAGGCGGGUCGCAUCGGCCCAGAAGUGGCGCAGAAACAAAUCCAGACGCUGAAUAAGUUGUGUUCCAAUCUGCUGGAGAAACUCAGCAACCCUCGCGACGACAGAGAUGCAGAAAGCGCAGCCAUGAGACAGAACAAAGCCUCCUUCAGCCCGGCUGACACCAACGCUCUGGUCGGAGCCGUCGCCUUCGGAGAGGGCCUCUCCAAGUGUCGGCCGCCUGGGCCCGUGGCGCCAGGACAUCCAGGUCAAGGUGCCAUGAUGAGUGGCGGGCCCACCUUACAGCAAGUUACCAUCGGUGGUGGUGGGGCAGGCCAGCAGGGGGGGUUGGGAGGACCUGUGCCCCCACAGCAGCAAGGACAGUCAGGAAAGAUGCCAGGCAGCAUCAAGACCAACAUCAAGUCGGCCUCAGCCUCCAUGCACCCCUACAGCAGAUGAGUCUCUGCCCACAUGUCAAUUAGCAGCGUCUCCCUGGGCAACCACAAACAGCCACAUGUCACUUGCACAUGUGAGCCACGAGAUGGCAGCAUGUUAACAUGACUUUUCCAUUAAAGCAGUGACACAA